CCUGUAGUACCUCUCCAAUUCCCCUGCAGAUUGCUGCAGCAGCAAGUUCAGGAGUUGCAUAGCCUCUGUCAGAACUACAGUCCAGCAUUUCAGAUAUUCGAAGAGAAGUAGCUUGGCCCUCACAGUGUCUCGGGCAGUAUUCCUUCGAGGUGAGAUGCAAGACACGUGGAGAGGAGGGAACCACUAGAUCAGGUUAAAGUGGGGAGGAAAAAAACAAACCCAGAACCAUCAUUGACUGGGUAGGUUUUUCAAGAUGAAUCGUGCUUUUAGCAGGAAGAAAGACAAAACAUGGAUGCACACUCCUGAAGCCUUAUCAAAGCAUUAUAUUCCCUAUAAUGCAAAGUUUCUAGGCAGUACAGAAGUGGAGCAGCCCAAAGGCACAGAAGUUGUAAGAGAUGCUGUUAGAAAAUUAAAGUUUGCAAGACAUAUCAAGAAAUCUGAAGGCCAAAAGACACCCAAAGUUGAGCUACAAAUCUCAAUCUAUGGUGUAAAAAUUCUAGAUCCAAAGACAAAGGAGGUCCAGCACAACUGCCAGCUCCACAGGAUAUCCUUUUGUGCUGAUGACAAAACUGACAAGAGAAUAUUUACUUUCAUAUGCAAAGACUCAGAAUCAAAUAAGCACCUGUGCUAUGUGUUUGACAGUGAAAAGUGUGCGGAAGAGAUAACUUUAACAAUUGGUCAAGCAUUUGACUUAGCUUACAGGAAAUUUCUGGAAUCCGGAGGAAAAGAUGUUGAAACAAGGAAACAAAUUGCAGGUUUACAGAAAAGAAUUCAAGAAUUAGAAACUGAAAAUGCAGAACUGAAAAAUAAAGUUCAAGAUUUGGAAAACCAGUUAAGAAUAACACAAGUACAUGCAUCUCCACUGCUGCACAUAAAGUGUGAUAAUGAUGAACAUAUGUUUCAAAGACCCUCUACUUUUUUCUGGUGUAACAAUGAGGAUUCACCUCCUUGUUUAGAUAUCUCUUCCAUUACGCUUACUCCUAGGAGUUCUCCUGACUCUAGACUACCACCUGGAUUGUUAAUACCACCACCUUCAAAAAGUGGUCUUCCAAAGCCUGCCAGUGAAUACAGCUGCCCAAGACCUCGUGCAGGCAGUGUGACACCUAAAUCACCCUCCACUGACAUCUUUGAUAUGGUUCCCUUUUCUCCCAUAUCCCCUCAGUCAUCAACACCUACUCGCAAUGGUACACAGCCUCCUCCAGUACCCAGUAGAUCUACAGAGAUCAAGAGAGACCUUUUUGGAGCAGAACCUUUUGACCCUUUUAGCUGUGGAGCAGGAGAUUUCCCUCCAGACAUUCAGUCCAAACUAGAUGAGAUGCAGCGUCAGCGAUGGAGGGGUUCAAAAUGGGAUUAACUCUUGAAGGCACAGUAUUCUGUCUUGACCCACUAGACAGCAGGUGCUGAUGCCAAGAAAGUCAAUGUGAAGUUCCUCCACAGUGGGUUUAUUUUAUUUCUGAACAUGUACUCACAGAUACUAUCCAUGUGCCAAAAAAUUGCUUUUUUUGAACAUGUAAACUCUCGUGAGGCUUGCUUCUGUAAAAAUCCAACUUACUUGCAGUCUUUCCCUGUACAAAUGUAAAAAGUUGUAUUUGUUUAUGAAUUAUGGAUUAAAUUACGCUGUUGUGUUUCUUUCUGUCACAUUUUGGCCCGAGUUUACUAUGCUUUAUGACUAUUAGCUUGGAGAAGUUCUUCAGCAAGGUCACACAUACCUCUCUGUGUCUCUGUCUGUCUCUCUCUGCAAAUGUCCAGGCAUGAAUUCUACCUUAGAAUUAUAAAAAAUAAUUAAUUAUAAAAAAUAAUAUUUUACCUGGCAUUUCAAAUUAUGCUUUUUGAAAUUAUGCUUUUAAGACAUUAUUUAAUAUUCAAGCAGUAAAAUUAUUAAUAUCUACUACAAAAAUUAUCUACUACAAAAAUUUCAAUUUGCAGUGAAAAAAGCAUAAAAUACUAACCAUAACUAUAUGCUUCAAAAGUAAAUCUGGAUGCAGUGUGAUUGAUUUCCAUCUCUGUGUGUGGUUACUAUCCUGUACAUAUGUUGUCAUUGGUUUAUACAAUCCAGAUUUUAGGUCCUUCAUUCAUGUUUUUGAAACUAACAAAGUUGUUAGUCUGCCAAUUAGUGCUUAAUGAGCCUAGAAGAACUGCUAAACUGCAGAAUAGCAAAGCAACCACCGUUGGUUUUGAUAUUUUAUAGCUGAAGUGUAAAGUAAGUACCUUGGAAUCCUUUACAUGCUAGCCAUAACUUAAAAGGAAGAUUAUGGUAUUGCAUUUACUUAGGAACUUGUGUAAUUUUGUUUAUAAGCAGGCACUGGGCUCAGUUCUGUAAUUACUUUCAACACCUGAGUGUUUAGAACCAGGCUCUGUUGAGUAUAAUUCUUUUGCUCUCUUCUUUAGUGUUCCAUGUCUUUAACUUUGAGGAUUUCUGCAAAGAAUUGACUAUAAGUGAGUCCUUUGUACCCACUGGUUGUUCAUGUUACAGAAAUACCUGCACACCAAAAUUCUCAGCUGCUGGUGAAAUGAAUGCUGACAUGUCUAUGCAUAUUCUUCAUUAAUCUUUCUCAUAAGCAAUAAAACACCAUCUUAAACCUAUCUCAGAAAAUUACUAUGUUGAGUUCAAUUCAAAAACUUUCAAACUUCUAGUAUUUUCCCUUCAAAACAUACGAAUGUGGAAAAAACCCCUCCCCCAAAAAUUUUCAGAUUAUUUUUUUUUAUGAGAGGUUUUUUUUUGGUGCCACUUAUGGUUUUCUCCUUAACAGUCACACUUUACACCAAAACCACAUUUUUCAGUUUUAUCACAUAUAUUUUUAUGCCUUGUUCAACAAAGUACUUGUGCAUGUACUUUUGGAGUCCAGUAAAAGAAUGGGACUAUUCCUUUGCUGGGUUUGACACAUCCUCAGGUACCUUGCUGAACUGGGGCCUUAACAUCCUACAUUACAUUUGUCUUCCUGUCUCUUAUUCUGAGUUCAUCAUUCAUAUAGAGUAUUAUAGAGAAAUAUAUAUAUAAAAAUAUAUGAAAUCACUAACAAAUAGAAUAGUCUAUGUUUCAUAAAGAAAAGUCUUUAUAAUUUUGUUUGUCAUAUAGUAUUUUUGAAUUUGUAUAAUGAGGAUGUUUAGUAGCCAUAGCAAUGGCCUUUUUUAACAAAUAGAAUUUGUAUUUUUAUUGUACUUUAAAAAGCUUUACAUAAUAAGCAUCUAUUUAGUGGUCAUUUAUUAUCAAUGGUAACACUAAGAUAAUAUUUGCACAUUUUAAGAAACCUUUUUCGUUACUGAUUUUUAUGAUAGUUGACUGCAAAUGGCAUGGUUAAAUCUUAUAUACCUGGUCAGUAUAUACAAAAAUACCUAAAUACUUCAAUCAACACAACAGUGCGUUUUUAAUUUUUAUGUGAUCCAAUUGGAAACUGUAUUUCUAUGUAAUCUCAAAUGUCUGUUUAAUUUUGCCUAAAAUAAAUGUUUUUAAAUAAAUUGCAUCCUAGAA